AUGGAGAGAAUGGAGACGAGUAGAAUCGUGAGGGUCACGCAAGAUGGUUCAGGAGACUACUACUCCAUUCAAGACGCAGUUGACUCGGUUCCUCUUGGAAACACGUGUCGUACCGUGAUCCGUCUCUCACCAGGGAUAUACAGACAGCCUGUGUACGUGCCCAAGAGGAAAAACUUCAUCACUUUCUCCGGAAUCUCCCCUGAGAUCACCGUUCUCACUUGUAACAAUACUGCUUCAAACAUCGAACAUCACCAGGCGUCUAGAGUCAUUGGGACGGGAACGUUUGGGUGCGGGACUGUUAUUGUUGAAGGAGAAGACUUUAUUGCAGAGAACGUUACUUUUGAGAACUCUUCUCCUGAGGGAUCAGGACAAGCUGUGGCGAUUAGAGUCACUGCAGACCGUUGUGCUUUUUAUAACUGUCGCUUUCUUGGCUGGCAGGGUACUUUAUAUUUGCAUCAUGGGAAACAAUAUUUGAAAGACUGCUAUGUGGAGGGAAGUGUGGAUUUCAUAUUUGGAAACAGCACCGCACUCUUGGAACAUUGCCAUAUCCACUGCAAAUCUCAGGGUUAUAUAACAGCACAAAGCCGGAAAACGUGUCAGGAAUCUACUGGUUACGUGUUCUUAAGAUGUGUGAUCACGGGGAAUGGUCAGAGUGGGUAUAUGUAUCUCGGAAGGCCAUGGGGACCGUUUGGGAGGGUGGUACUUGCAUAUACUUACAUGGAUGCAUGUAUCAGAAAUGAUGGUUGGCAUAACUGGGGAAACUCAGAGAAUGAGAGAAGUGCUUGCCUUUAUGAGUACAGGUGCUUUGGUCCGGGUAGCUGUUCGUCUGGACGUGUUACGUGGUCGAGAGAACUGAUGGAUGAAGAAGCUGGAAACUUUCUGCAUCAUAGCUUUGUGGAUCCAGAUCAGGACCGGCCUUGGUUGUGUCUGAGAAUGGGAGUGAAAACACCAUAUUCUGCGUAG